ACACAUUAACUCAAUACACAUGGGAUAGUUUAAUAACAACAUUCGAAAAACAACAAUACUGUACAGUCUCAAGUGCUUUCUACCACUUGUCUGUCUUUUCAUAAAGGCAGACACAGCGCCUUACCAACUUAAAACCAAAUUGAAGAUACAGAACAGGGUAGAGUUUUUUUUUUAAAUUUCACUUCCUCAAUGUUUUAAGGGGACAUAUUAUUUGUCUAACGCCAAGGUUCUGCCCACCGCGUCAUGAAGCUCUGACCGAUACUUCACAUUCUAUUCGCAGCGUAGUACACAAUGGAAUAACAGAAGGCUGCUGAGAUUAAAAAAAGGGGCAGUAAAGAGAAGCAGUUAUGGAGUAUGCGAAUGAAAAUGCUAGGAUAGAACUCCUGUUGGCUCACAUGAAUUUGGAAGAUUUUAUUGACGUUAUGGGGCAUCUCUAUCCACCUGAAGACACUGCAGUCAUUGAGGAGAGCUUGGUGUCAAUGGCCCAAGAAGAAAUGGAUGAAAUCGAGGAGACUGCCAGUUCAUUGCUGCUGGAUGAUAGCGAUGAUGACAAACCAAGUUUGUUGGGGGUCUGCAUGAAAUAUGGAACAGUUAAUGACUUGUUAUCUUUUGCAAACUGGGUGUCAAACACACCACAGACUACUCUUCAGCACCAGAAACACGAGAUGGGUGUAGUGUUGAAUAAGAAGGACAUGGCAGUAAAGAACGGGCGCUAUCAGAUUGACUCAGACGUGAUGCUGUUUCCAUGGAAACUGACCUACAGGAACAUUGGCUCGGAUCACAUUCCCAGGGGAGCUUUCGGGAAAGUCCACCUGGCUCAGGACACUCGGACGAGAAAACGAAUGGCAUGCAAACUGAUUCCUGUGGAACAUUUCAGACCAGCUGAUGUUGAAAUCCAAGCCCGGUUCCGCCACGAGAACAUUGCAGAGCUGUAUGGAGCCCUGCUGUGGGACAUGUCGAUCCACCUGUUCAUGGAGGCAGGAGAAGGGGGUUCAGUCAUGGAAAAGCUGGAGAGCUGCGGGCCCAUGAGAGAGUUUGAGGUCAUCUGGGUCACCAAACAGGUUCUCAAAGCCCUUGACUACCUGCAUUCCCAGAAAGUUAUACACCACGAUAUAAAACCCAGCAAUAUCGUGCUGAUGUCGGCAAAAGCUGUUCUAGUGGAUUUUGGACUCAGUGUGCAAAUGACAGAAGAUGUGUAUGUACCGAGGGAUCUUCGUGGAACAGAGCUCUACAUGAGCCCUGAGGUGGUCCUUUGCAGAGGCCAUACAACAAAGUCUGAUAUUUACAGCCUGGGUGCAACGGUCAUCCACAUGCAGACUGGCAGCCCUCCCUGGGUGAAGAGAUACCCACGCUCAGCCUACCCCUCCUACCUGUACAUUAUCCACAAGCAGGCCCCACCUUUGGAGGACAUUGCUGAAGACUGCAGCCCCACCAUGAGGCGGUUCCUGGAAGGAGCUCUGGAGAGAAACCCCCAUCACCGUCUGUGUGCAUCGGAGCUGCUGAAGGAUGAGGCUUUACACCCUCCCAGAGAGGAUCAGCCGCGCUGCUGGAGCCUGGACUCGGCUCUCUGUGACAGAACCCGUCUGCUGGUGAGGCAGGAGUCCGAGCUGCCUGACACCAAGAGUGGUUCUUCAGUAUGCAGCAAUGAGGAGUCAAUGGCUGUAAAGAGAAAAGGAUCUUUGUAUAUUGACCUGGGGGCACUGGCUGGCUAUUACAACAUUGUAAGAGGACCUCCAGCAUCUGAAUACGGCUAACAGCACCCGCAGAUCCACAAGUAUCCAUGAAGAUCUCAUUCACUAUACACUCCUGAGUCAGUGCCGUGGCAGUUAAGCAGUUCAGCUUUAUCAGCUGAUGUAGCUAGUAUUACAUCACCAGUGUGUUAGUACUGAUGUGUACCGCAGAUGAAUGAGGUUGAGUCACAAGUGAAACUGAUGUCAUUACAAGUGAGGAACUGAGAUUGUGUCUAGGUGUAUGGCUUAUAUAUAUAUAUAUAUAUAUAUAUAUU